AUGGAAACGCAACGGCAGAAGAUGGAGACGCAAAACGGCAAAGUGAGAGGCUGGCCUUUGGCGAACGAGUAUGCGGAUAUCUUCAAUAUGGAGACGCAGAAAUUGGAGCUGAGGGAUCCGCGUGUGGUCGAGAGGAAUUGGGGAGGUUCGGAGAGUACGAUGUAUGAGAAUAGAGGGAAAGACUGGCCGUUGGUCAGCCGUGAUGAGGAGAGCGGCCAGAGUGAAAAGGGGCAGGAGGCGUCGAAAUACAUUGUUGGCUGGCGAUUGCAUCUGAUAAGUUUCGCACUGCUGUUGUCGCUUUUCAUGUCGCAAAUGGAAUCGUCCAUUGUGAGUACAUCCGUGAUAGCGAUCACGAAUGAUCUUGGCGGCUAUGAGAAAAGCUCCUGGGUGUUUUCUGCGUAUCUCCUGACGUAUAGUGGUCUGCUCAUCAUAUGCGCGAAGCUCAGCGACAUCUUUGGCCGGAAGCCAGUCUUGGUGAUCUCAAUCGUGGUCUUUGUAGCAUUCUCUGGUGCAUGUGGUGGAAGUCAGACGUUCAUUGAACUCAUCAUGUUUCGCUGGGUUCAAGGCUUGGGAGGAAGCGGUAUCUACUCGAUAGCAACGCUUCUGUUCUUCGAGUUGGUCCCUCCAGCAAAAUGGCCAGAUUAUACGGCCCUCGUCAGUGCGGUCAUCGCGCUCUCUCUGAUCUGUGGACCUUUGUUUGGAGGAGCCAUCAGUGCACAUGGCGAAUGGAGAUGGGUUUUUUAUAUAAAUCUCCCGAUUGGAGUCUUUGCUCUGGGCCUUGUACUGAUAAGCAUGCCCAAGCGACUGCAGACAGAGCCGGCCGCGUUGCGUGCGAAGCUGCCCUGGUGGCAUGGCUUUCAGCUUAGUACUCUGGCAAGAGUAGACGUCCUCGGAGCUCUUCUCUUGCUUGGAGCUUGUCUGUUGCUCUCUACUGCUCUACAGCAAGCUACCGCUGGGGUAUCCUUCACGGCUGCGAAAGUCUUGCCAUUACUGGUACUGGCUGGGCCCGUCUGGAUCGCAUUCGUUGUUUGGCAAUGGUUUGCUACAACUAAACGGACUUCUCCGGAACCAGUAUUACCCUGGCGCCUAUUCACAAACCGGGUCUUCGUGGGACUGAUAUUAAACACUUAUUUCGCGGGAACUAUUCUGACAGUCUGUAUCGUUCAGCUUCCACAACGGUUUACGACCGUCAAUGGCCAGUCUGCAUUCCAAGCCGGAGUCAGGCUGCUUCCAUUUGGAGCGUUCAUUCCAGCAGGCUCAGUCCUUGCAGCUAUUCUAAUAGGAAGGGCACGGAUCUCACCAUUGUACAUCCUCCUGGCUGGAGGAUUCUUGGAGGUCAUAGGUACAGCACUCUUGUCACAAUCUUCGGCUGAAUACCAUAUCUCUGCCGCUCAGUACGGGUAUCAGAUCCUUGCAGGCACUGGAGUGGGGUUCUUCAACGCGACCCUGGUCCUGCUGGUACCGUAUGUGGUAGACAAGAGAGACUUAGCUGUCGGAACCGCUGCGAUAGCUCAAUUCCGACUACUCGGAGGUGCCGUGGGUCUUGCAAUUGUCACAACAGUAAUGAAUCGUUCGAUCGCGCCACGAUUGUCUGAAUUCCUAGCACCUAAGCAGGUAGAUAUCCUGCUUGAAUCUACGAGCGUCCUCGGCAUGUUCUCAGAAUCCAUUCAGUCCGAAAUAAGAUCGGUAUUUAGCUAUGGUCACAACCUACAGAUGAAAGCUCUGAUAGGGUUUGCGGCCGCGCAAGUGCCUGCGACCCUUCUGAUGUGGGGCAAAGAAGCAUUGAGUGUACCAAAGAUAUAG